GGAAUCUCUCGGAAAGCACACUCAGCAUAUAGCUGCGGAUAUGGAAGAACUGCAGAUUACGAAAUUCCCAGUUGAACCUGAGGAACGUGAAUUCAUUAAAUAUUGUCAAGAACAAUGUCUUGGUAUUAAAACUCUAAGUUCCGGUCAUGUCAAAUUAACUGCAAAUAAUGCGCUAGAAAUUUUGAGAAGACACGGGAUUUACAGGGUUACCUGUGAGGUAUUCAUGGAAACAGAUAGUAGUAUGAUUGAAG